AUGACAGCUUCUAGUUCUGAUUCGAAAGCCGCUGGAGAGAUCAGAGUUACAAGCUUUGAAAAAGACUUAUUACGGAAUCAACUGUCAAAUGUGGAUGUGGAUGUUGGCAAUGUGGAAAAUAAAGAGACUUUAACCUAUGAUAAGCCAUGGUAUAGAGUUCCACACUUUCUAAAGCUCAAUAUUUUGCUUUUAAUGCCAGCGCUUGCUGGUUCAAUCAAUGGUUUUGAUGCAUUUUUGGUAAAUUCUUUGCAAAUUAUGGAAAACUGGAAAGAAUAUAUGGGAAAUCCAACAGGUGGUACUCUAGGGGCACUAACAGCUGGUCCACCAAUUGGGUACUUGGCAGCUCUUUGGAUUGCUAAAGUUGUUUCGGACAAACACGGUAGAAAGCCAGCUAUGGUGAUUGGUGCUAUUAUUACAACUAUUGGUACUAUAAUUCAAACUUUUUCAAAUGGAUAUGCUUGCUUUCUUGUUUCAAGAAUAAUUGUUGGUUUUGGCUCAGCUUUUUACUACGUUGCUGCCCCAGCUUGGCUAGCGGAAUUAGCCUUUCCGGAGCAUAGGUCUGUUAUGGUAAUUUUGUUCAAUAGUAGCGCUUAUGUUGGCGGGUUAGUUGCAACAUGGGUUUCAUAUGGGACUAUGGGCUUAUCGAGUACCUGGCAAUGGAGAGCUCCAUGUCUUUCUCAAUUAGUCUUUACAAUCCCUCACUUGAUGUUUAUUUGGUUUCUCCCAGAAAGCCCAAGAUUCUUGGUGUCUAAAGGAAUGAUUGAAAAAGCCAGAAAUAUAUUGUUACGUUAUCAUGGAGGUGAUGAUUCAGAGAAAGCAGGAACAUUCAUAGAUUUUGAGUUACGAGAGAUUGAGCUUGGGAUAGAAAAAGAUAGAGAAGGCGAUAAAACUUCAUUCAAAGCAUUUUUCCAAACCAAAGGUAACUUCCACAGAUUUAUGAUAUGUAUGUUUAUGGGGUUUUUACAAUAUAAUGUUGGUUUGUUUGCAGUCACAUAUUAUUUAAACCCACUUUUAACCGCAGCUGGAAUGUCCUCCGAUCGGCAACAAAUGUUGGUAGCUGGUGGAAUUACCAUCUUCAAUGUUUUUGCUGCCUAUUUCUCAAGUUUAGUGGUCGGAAGAUUUGGUAGAAGAAAAUUAUUCUUAUGGAAUCUCGUGGGGUUAUUUAUCUCCUAUUUUGCUUUUGUUGUGUUAUCGGGUAUCAACACUGAAACUAGUUUUCAAAACCCAGCUUUAGCAAAGGGAAUCCUUGCUGUGAUUUUUUUCACUUAUCUUUUCUAUGAUAUCGGCUUUUUAGGAAUGUUGUUAGUUUAUAUCACAGAAAUUACUCCAUUUGCAUUGAGAUCAGGCGGGGUUAUGAUUUACAUGUUAUCCGCUAAUUGUUGGGUUAUCUUUAAUUCGUUUGUGACACCUGUUGCAAUGGAUUCAAUUGGAUGGAGAUUUUAUAUUGUUUAUGCUUGUACGAUUGUUUUCUGUUUUAUCUUCAUAUAUUUCUUUUUCCCAGAAACCAAAGGUUAUUAUCUAGAGGAAGUUGCAUUAAUCUUUGAUGGUGAAGCUGAAGGUAAACCAGCUAAUUUAGAGCAAAUUAGAUCGUAUGCUGAGGUCGUUGAUGCUUAA